UUUUUCUCUAUAUUAAUAAGAAGUUCUGUUUUGAAAAUGUUGGAGGGUUUCCAGAUCUUGGUUCAGGAUACAACACACAGAAGAAUUCACAAGUUAAAAUGUGUAUAGACUAAAUACCCAAUAGUAUUUGAGGGAAAAAUAAUGUCUUGCUGCUGUUUUGAUAGCUAUGGAGUGGGAAAAGAUGUCAUUACACUUAAGCCAAGUGAUUUGAUUUUUAUUUUUUCCGGAGAAGUCUUUACUUCAACGUUAUUUCUUCCAAUGCAUAUUGCAUUUACAGAAAGAUUAAAAGACACAGUGUGAAAUACUAUCAUGCUAAUGAUAGCAACAUUUACAUAAAUGUUAAAUUCAUAUUCCAAAGUAGUUGAUAUUUUAAGAAGAGAAAAUUCCAUUAUUGCACCUUUUAGGAACAAGGAACUGGAAAAUGGCAUUUUUCAAAAGUUUUCAUCAGAAUCUACCUUCAGUGUCCUCCCUGGUAGACACAAUCAGUAGUGCUGUAGAAGAUUUGAGCACUGCAGUUGGGGAAGUCAGCUAUGCAUUAACUGACUCAGUUGCUGGGCAGGUAGCAAGUAUGAUGCAUGGCUUGUGCCCAGAGGAGGAAAGCUGCACAGCAGAAGAGGCUGCAGGGUCUUCUAGAGCCAAAAGUGCAGUUUUGUGGGAUACUUCCAAAAACAGUGCUUGUCAGAAAACACAGUCUGAUGUAGAGCACAAAGCAAAGCAAAUAAUCUGUUGUGACACUUCAGCUCCACCAAAGCAAGACCAAGAAACGCAUGAACAGGGAUAUUAUAUGCGUGAUGGGCAGUGGACACCCUCAGAAUACACAGAAACUGGAGAGGCUGGUAGCUCUGCUUUGCAAGGCUUCGUGAAUGAUGGGAUGUCAGCUGUCAAGCAGAAAGUGGGGGAUGCACCCACGGGUCAUGAACUGGAACAUCCUGACAAAGGUGAGAUAGCUGGAGUAGGAAGCUCCAGGAAUGAUCAGAGUGCUGUAAAGGAGGUAAGUUAUCUAGAAGUGAAAGGACGUCUGAACACCAGUGGACAAAAUGUUGUGUCUGAGCAGAAGUACAUGGCUACAGGUGACUCUAAAGGCAGACUGCAGUAUGUGCCUGUGGGAAGAGAGCAAGAGAAAUCGGGGAACGUCACUAAAAGUAAACAUCUUCCUAAUGUCAAGCAUUCUGAUCACUUACAAAAAGCGAAAAAGCAUAGUAAACGUGAUGGAGUCAAAGGGAAUGAAUGUUCAGGAAACGAAUGUUCUCCAGAAGAUAACACAAGAAACCAUAGACACAGGGAGCAGAAAUCCGUUGUGAGGGAAUACACACAUUCAGCUCCAUCAACAAAUUGUAAAAUUAAGUUUCCUGGGAAAAUCAAAGGAAAAAUAAAUCCAACAAAAUCCUACAAAGUGAAAGGAGACAUAAAAACAAAGAAAAAUGAAGCUAAUUCUGCUAAGAGAGGAACAGCCAAGAGUAAAGUUGGCAAAUAUUCUAAGAUAUUACCAGAAAAAGAUAAUUCCUACAUGGACAGAGAUGAGCCUGGUUCAUCCUCUGAAAGUGAAGAUGAAGCACUGGGUAAAUAUCAUGAGGCCUUAUCCAGAACACACACUUCCAGGUGGCCAUUGGUGGAUUCUAGACAAAAGAACUAUGCCUGGGAAACAAGGCAAAAAUACAGCCCUUUGUCUGCAGAGUAUGAUGGGUACAGCAGUGAAGCAUCCAUAGAGGACGGAAACUGCAUUCAGAGAAUGAGAAGGACACCUCCAUUGGAUGAGCUACAGCCACCACCUUACCAAGACGACAGUGGUUCUCCUCAUCUCUCUUGCACACCCUCUGAAAUUGGGGAUGGGAAGUGUGAAAUUUCCCACUGCAGCAACAGCCCACGGUGUUCUUUCAACAAGUGCCCCAGUGAAGGAAGCACAGGACACGAGGCAGAGAGUUUUCACAAUAAAGGAUAUGAAGAUGAUGUCCCUAGUGACAGUACCGCAGUUCUCAGCCCUGAAGUAAGCAGAAGCAGCCUGCGGUUGCCAGACAUGUCAGCUCAAGGAUCCUCCUCACAGCUUCCUAAACCUUUUGAUCCAGAGCCAGAAGCUAAAUAUGGCACACUGGAUGUGACUUUUGACUAUGACUCACAAAGACAGAAGCUUCUGGUAACGGUGACAGCUGUCACAGACAUUCCAACAUAUAACAGGACAGGUGGCAACUCGUGGCAGGUACAUCUUGUUCUUCUACCUAUAAAGAAACAGAGAGCCAAAACCAGCAUCCAGAGAGGACCAUGCCCUGUCUUCACAGAAACAUUCAAAUUUAACCACGUUGAAUCGGAGAUGAUCGGAAACUAUGCAGUUAGGUUUAGACUGUAUGGUGUCCAUCGUAUGAAGAAAGAAAAGAUUGUGGGGGAAAAGAUUUUUUAUUUAACAAAAUUGAAUCUUCAAGGGAAAAUGUCAUUACCGGUGAUACUGGAACCUUCUUACAAUCCUUCUGGCUGUGACUCACAGGUGAGCUUGUCAGAGGUCUCCUGUGGUGAAAGCACAUCCUCCUGUCAAUCUCUGGAGCACGGCUCCGUUCCAGAGAUCCUUAUUGGGCUCCUUUACAACGCCACCACUGGAAGACUGUCCGCAGAAGUCAUCAAAGGCAGCCACUUCAAAAACCUGGCAGCAAACAGACCACCCAAUGGACUGUUCUGUUGUCUAAAACACUUGAUAGGUGGACAGGUUUAUAUAAUCCGAGAUACAUAUGUUAAGUUAACACUGCUGAAUUCCAUGGGCCAAGAGAUGUCCAAAUGCAAGACAUCCACCCGCAGAGGGCAGCCAAACCCGGUGUACAAGGAAACUUUUGUUUUUCAAGUGGCCUUGUUUCAACUUUCCGAUGUGACUCUGAUACUGUCUGUGUAUAACAAGCGCAGCAUGAAAAGAAAGGAGAUGAUAGGCUGGAUUUCCUUAGGUCUGAACAGCUCUGGGGAGGAGGAGCUCAGACACUGGACUGCAAUGAAGGAGUCCAAGGGACAACAAGUGUGCAGGUGGCAUGCCCUGCUGGAGUCCUGAGGAAGGCAGCUGUAAGCCGGCACUGCCAUUGUUUCCUGGUCGCCAUCAGAGGAGCCAUCCCUGGAGAGUCCUGUCAGCACCCUGCCACAGUGCUUCACCCUUGCAAAAGGAAGGACUGUCCAGUGCUGAGCUGAGGGGGGGAGAUGUCAGUAGUGCUCAGCAGUCCUCCAGAGACUGAACAACAGCUUUUGAUUCAAAGUUUAUUUAGUGAAAGAGCUAGGAAUCUCAUGGAGAUUGUGAUUUUAAAACCAGAAUUUCCAUUGCAGCAGUAUGUAUCAUCACCCACAUGCUAUCCACAAAGCAUUAUGAUGGCCAGUCCUUGGGCAGAUCUCAGUGAUCACAGUCAUAUCUCAAGGUUAUUCACACUGAUGACAGUUUCAUUGCAGAUAUGUUCUCUGUGCCUCAGCCUUUCUUUAUAGUUCUAAACCCAAGUGCAAAAUUCCCUGAAGGGAAGUGUAAGGCUGGUUUCUUUGAAGUUUAUUUCUUUAUUUCUUUCUUUUUUCUGAUCCAAAGAGACCAUGUCCCAUUAGUCCCUUAUGAAAUUUUCUGACUGUACUGCAGAAACUUUAUGUUCAAGCCCUUUGUACACUAUGUGUUCUAGUGUAGAAAAUGGUAGAGCAAAGCUCUCAUUUGGAAUUCUUUCAGUGGUCAGUUUUUACAGCUGUGUGAAGUGGCAGACACUGUAGAUAGCUGUUGAAAAUGGAAGACAUUCUAGUUAAAAGGAAUUUUGACUAUCUGUUCAUUGUCCAGUCUUCAACAGGAGUAAAGCAGGUAGCACCAAAACAGAAACUCCUGGAGUCCUCACUCACUACCAUUUCUUUGUGGUUUUCAGCUUUAAUCCAGUUAAGAUCAUUCUGGAAUCCCUUGUGCUCUAGUGAUUUGUGCUGUGUUUUGUGACGUCUUCAGCAUGAUGUCACUCUGUGCCUUUUCAUGCAAGUUGACCUUGCUUACACAGCUGGGAAGCCGUAUUUGCAAAUUUGGACUUCAGCACUCAUAGAUGUGAAGGUCCUGGGAAAUGCCACGUCGUUGCCCUGCUCUGCAGUGUGUGAGACUGUGCACUGUGCUGGCCUACUUGUGACUGAGCACUUUCCUGUCUUGUUUUCACAUUUAGAAACCAUAGGCCAAUUGGAUAUAAUAUAAGCUAUUCUAAUUUUUCUUCUUACAUAACAUAAAAUUUUAUGCAUAUACUGUACUAGAGUAUGUUUGUGUACAUAAAAUUAUUUUCUUUUUGCUCUCUCUCAUUUCUAGUUAAACUAGACAAAAAUGUAUUAUUUACCAAUUAGUGAAAAGCUGUAUCACGGUUCCAAUCCCAGCUGAGCACUCUGGACUGUUACUGUGAACUAGAACUCAUCAGUACCAUACUAGCAGAGCCACACACUGAUUUAUUAAAAUGUGGCAGUAUGAAAGGCCUUAAACACACACACACAAGACCAUGAACUUCUACAUUUUUAGCUUAAAAGAAGGCAUCUCUAUGCUUUCAAACACAGCAUUUUAAGAGGAAAAAAAAAUACAAAUAGGAAGUGUGGAGUUAGUUUAAAAGCAGAAAUUUCAGAGCCUAGCAUGGUGGCUCAUCUCUGUAAUCCUAGCACUUGGGAGGCUGAGGCAGAAGGAUUGCUGUGAGUUUGAGGCUAGCCUGGGCUAUGUAGUUCCAGACCAUCCUGGACUACAGAGUGAAAAAAAAAAAAAGUUGCAUUCAUAAGUGUCAGGGCCAGGGAGUGGGCUCAACCACUUAAAGGCUAGGUUCACAACCAAAAAAAAAAAAAGUCCUUCUAUCAUUCUAUUAGGGAGCUUCCCAGGAUUGGUUUUUGGUUUAGUUGUUGUUGUUGUUGUUUUAAAUAAAGUGAGUCAGGUUAGAAAUUAAACCAUGAACAAGAAGCAAAAUAGUUCUUUUUUUAAGUUAUUGAAUGAAUAACAUAGUAAGGCAAAAUGUGAAGAAGGCUAUAGGUUACACUGAAGAUUGGGUACAGGCAUUCCAUGCUACAGGUAGCUUUUGCUGGCUUUGAAACAAUCACCUGCAUGGCUAACAACUGCUGUCUUCUUAAUAAAGUCACUGGUCUUCUUUGUAACAAAGUUCAGUUGGACACUAUAAGACCAGCUUGGUGCUUUCACUGUGUGGAGAGGAAAACCUGUUAUUUGUUAAAUCUCCUUUCUGGAGACUGCCCAGAACUGUGUGUACCCCCAAAGAUCCUCAAGGGUGUCUGGUGUGUCAUUCCAUGUAUGGCCUGGAAAUGAUCUCAGUCUUUUUUUAACAUCAGGAACAGCCCUCCCUCCAUCCCAUUUUCCAAGUCCUCAAUGAUUAUAAAUUGUAUGUGUGCACAUAACUGCACACACCACACAACAAGCUGUGCACAUGCAAAGGUGAAGGUGCCUUGCCUUUUCACGUAACUGAAUAGAGAGGCAUUUCUCCAGGUCAUGGACUGCUUUUUUCUCCUCUGUAAAAUUUCUAAAUGUGAUAUUAGGUUUGGAGCUAGAUGCUGCCAUUCUGCCACAUAUACACAAAUAUGCAUCCUUUUCUCUCCUGUGACUUAACACAAAUACUUCCCCCGAAUUAUCUGGGCCACAGAUGUUGUCUUGGGAACUUGAAAACGACAGUCUACACUCUUACUGUUGUGCUAAAAUCAAAUGAAAUGUCCAGACUCAACAGUUGACUGGAAUAUGGGGUAUUUUCAGCCUCCCCAAUGUGGCUGUUGAUUGCUGUCCAGGAGUACAGUAUUGUCUGACCUCUCAGAAGCUUCUGUAAUUUUGGAGCCUAAGUACAAGCUGCCUUUGAUUUGAAAUACGAUUGCAUAUUAUCUUAAUGCACAUUAAUGAAUUCUCAGUAGUGUUGUGUUCACUAACAAAAGUAAUUCAUUAGACCAUGUUUUAAGAAAAAGAAAAAUACUUAAACUGUCUGAAUGAUUAUGCUGCUGCUGUGAAGUUGGGUGUUGGUAGGGGGUCUGAUCUGAUCUGUGUACAACACAGCUCUGUGUAUUAUAUUACAGCUUCUUCCCUAAGCUGGGAGCAUGACCAGUGCUUGGGAGUCUAACUUGCAUCAAUAGGCAAGCAGAAACAGAGUCCAGGCUGUUCUUGACAAUGAGGAAUAAAAAUGAUAUCACAGCUUUUUAAGGAAACUAAGAAAUAGGUGAGCUUUUGAAGUAUAAGUGGUAGAAGGCCAGUGGUCACCAACCAGUUUCUCAAAAUUCUUGUUCAAGUAUCAAUAGACAGGACACAAAGUUCAUUUGCAGAAAGCUGCCAUUUAGCUCCAUAGACUGGAGAAUUCAUAGAAAAAAUUCGCAUUGCUAGUUGUUAUAAGUUUCUUUGUCUUACCUUCUUUAUAAUCCAUUUCUUCCUCUUCAUCUGUCAGUUGAAAGUGGCCAUCUGUGUCAUUGUCACCAGCCAGUCUGAUACUGAAAGAAGGUGAGGCUUGCAGUAUAGCACUUAAAACAUCACUUGUGCCCUCCAAAGCUGCAAUACUGAUGAUGGUUACGGCUACAACUUAGUAAGGAACUGAGACAAUAAUUUAUUGUUUUAUUUGACUCUCACAACAUAUAAGAGGCAAGUAACAUCACCAGUGUUUUUAAUCUGUGAAGAAGCUGUUGUCUGGAGAAGCUGAGCUGUCCCCCUAAGGGUGCCGCUCUUUUAAGUAAACCACAGUAGAACUGGGAUCACUCCAAGCCCACUCAUGCACAUUGCAUCUUCACCCUCUUUAUCAUGGGUGAAAAGAGCAGCAUUGUACUGGGCAGGUCCUGCCCAGCUUAUCUGAAUGGCAGAGAUAAGAGUAGAGCUUAGAAAGCAAAAAGACAGUCAAGGAGGCUUGCCCUCUCAGGACACAAAUAGUACUUUGGUAUCAUAAUUGGGGUGAUUUUUGUUUUUAAGGACUUGAGAUUUGUACAGUGUCUACAUUGUACUUGAUUCUGAAAAUAUAUCAAUUCAGUUGUUCUUCUUGACCAAGGUAUUUUCAUUAUCUGUAUACACCUUUCUACCCUGUGAAAUGACAGACUAUCUGCUAACCUGUCAUAUCAGAGUAGAGGAGAGACUGCUGCCUUCCUGUGCAUGUUCAUGUUCUUUUGUUAAAGUUCAUUAAUAUUAGACAAAACUCACACCUAGCUUCCCUCUCCUUCGUUGUUAGUAAUUGCUAUGUUCUAGAGACUUUAGGAGCCCAUUUGCUAAUAGGAGGCACAGAACAAAUGCUGGUGAAUGAAAUCUCUGAUAGAAUCAGCACUACUGUUGUGAAAGUCUUCUGUUGUGAGCCUUGUUCACUGACUGGGUUUCCUUUUCUCUGUUUAAUAUAUAUGUGUAAGAAUCCCAGCUGUGUGCCAUGUGCUGUUGUAGGGGCUACAAGUUGGAUGCACAAGUCUUCCUUCAUGAUCUUGUGUUCUCUUGAGACUGGCAUUGGAUGAUGUCUUUUCAUAAGAUACAAGGUGUAGAGAAAGGUGUGUGCAGGGCACUGGGGUUGAGUAGGAAAGUAAACUGUGAAUUCAGCAGUACUACUAGAAGAUGAGAAAACAUGGGUUGGACUCGCAACAAACUCCCAAAAAUCCACAGACAGUGGCUCCUAAUUUGUAAUGUACCUAAGAUUUCUCUCUAGGUUCUAUCUGGAGAUUCUGUUCCAUUUGGUGUAGAGGAAAGCCUGAGAGUCUAGGUCUGAAUGAGCUUCCCAGGAAAUCCUACCUGGGCAGUACUGGGAUAUAAUACUUUGUUUCUUAUCUGUAAUUGUUGGCAGCAGUUUCAGUACCCAGAGAUUAAGUCUUAGUGUGGAAGUGGUAAGAUUUGUAGUUUCCAGGUAAUUGCAAGCUUCAUUCCCAGCUUCUUGGGAAUGAAGAAUCUUAGGCCAUUGUAUCAUAGUCUCUCUUUCUGAUCUCUCUGAAGUUGCUUUAAGAAAAUGAUUUCCAAAAAUACAAAACUGAAGCUAAUACCAUAAAGUUAGAGGAAGGCCUUUUUAAAAGUGAGGAUGACAUUUUGGCAGUUUUGUUGGAUAAAUAACUGAGGACACUGAUAUGUCCUGUAAUGCACUGGCAUCUUCGACAAGUAUGCUGACAUGGUAUUGAAAUGUUAUUUCAGGCAGAGAGAGAAAUGUGUCCCAAAUAAUUUGAGUUUAUCAAGAGAAAAACUAUAAUAGUAACGUAGUUUAAAACUUUAUUUAUUCUGUUUCUACAUAGUUUUAUUACAAUAACUUUCUGGUGAAAACAGUAUAGCAAUUCUGAGGCACUUUAAAGCUGAUACAGAGGGGACAGCUUUUGCCUUAGCUGGCAGUGACUGCCAUGUCCCAGCAAGUGGGCUGGACUUGUACCUGACUUCCAAAAUAAGAUAGUGUAUCAGAACUGUUCCCAGUGCUUGAGUCAUGAGUUUUAAGAGUCUGGUAAGUGUUGGGACCUAGUCUUUUUCUAAAACUCAAGAGGUUCAUCACUGCUUGGUACUUCUGCCCUGAGACUUUGCUUCUCAAAAUAAUGUAAUUUUUAUAGAAAAAAACUCAAUCGAUGGAUCUUUUUACUCAGUAUCCCCUCUCUUUCUUCCUCCCCUUUCUUUCAGUUUUUGAGGCAAGAAGCUUCCUUAAUAGUCUAGUUUCUACGGAGCUUUCUUACUUAUUUUUCUAAUAAUAGGUGUAACCGAAUGAUGACAUUUAACUGCUCUGUGAGCAGAAUUGUCUCAACCAACCUGAAGAAGUGUGCUGCCUAUUGGUGUUUCCUUUGGUCUCAGCUGUCUCUAACACGUUUGCUAGUGACUCUCACCCAUGAGUGAACUUCGCUCAUGUACAUAGUACGUCCAUGUGGUCGGUCAUCAGCAGUGCUGUGUUGUUGUCACAUAUUUAUAUGCACUUGAUCAAAAAUAGAAGCUGACAACUGUGUGAGCCAUCAUUUUGUAGAGUGAACGGCUGAACCACCUUCGUGUCGCUGGAGUUGCGCUGUGCGUCCGUUGCCUUUAACUCUCAUACCUUCUUUUGUACUCUCUACACCGACUAUCGCGGUGCCUUUUUCCUUUUGUAUAAUUGUAUUACAUAAAGAAAUUGCUGACUUGUGUGUAAAAAUGUUAAAAUUACACCAGUCCAAGGAGAUUUUAAUGGCAGUUCAAUUUUCCAGAGAAUAAAUUUUUGUGUGCAUUAAAAGUUA